AUGCGCCUCCGACAGCUACGUGAAGAAGACGCGAUUCAUGCACUACAGAGUUGGCAAUCCUUAAACACCGGUGUCCUGUCUGUCUCCGAACUUCACAAGGUUCAACUGCGUCUCAGUGCUGCCAUGCAUGCCAGAAUGCCACUUUGGCAUGUGAUCGUGGAGUCCCUCGGAGAUUCGACGAAUCACAGCGGACGGCGCAAGUCCGAGGCUGUGAGCACAUACUUCAUGCAGAAUCUGGAUGAACUUCGAGAACUUGCAAGGCAGUGCCUCGUAGAUUUUCUCGACGAAGACAAGCCUGACGAGCUUGAAGAAGCAAUCCGCAACCCACAGUUUCAAGACUGGGCUUAUCAAUGGUACCUGCAGUCAGAGGAUUUGUCUGACAUAAGGUCCGUCCGCUACAUUUGCAGGCUGCCCGGCUGCAACGUGUUGGUGCAUUGUAUUCGCAAUGAUUUCUGCGAGUGCUGCAAACUAUUGCUGUCCAAGUUCAGUGACCGGACAGCAGCGAAGAAAUGGCUAAUCUUGGCAGAGCCUUUGCGGGUGUUCAAUCAGUUCGAAGCGAACUGCUUUCACGAAGCAGCCUACUGCGGAUCCUCCGGAUGUCUUGCAGCAUUGGUUGCCUUCGCGAAGGAGCAGGGUAUUUCUUGGAAGGAUCUGACCGACAAGAAUGGCAAAACGCCGCUGGACAUCGCCAAGAGCCAGGUCGAGAAGAAGAAAGAAGGUGCAGUGCCAACGCUUUGCCUCCUGCAGCAGGAGUAUGGCAUAGAGUCGUCAGAUGUGCAGCUAGAUGGCGACCUUGCGCAGGAGGGCGUAUUGAUUGCAAGCUUGGCCCGUGAAACUGAUGGCAAGGAGAUUGUGCGCAAACAGUACACGUUGACAUCCGCAACUACAUCUUGGAGUGACCUCGUCGCUCUGUCGCACCAAGCGCUGCAAGAGCUGAAGGAGCUUAAAAGUUGCACUGACGAGAAAGUGCUACUGCUGCUCUGGAAGAUGUCCGUGGAGGGCAAUGAUACGGCGGCAAUGAAGUCAUUUUUCGAGCUGUGGCUGCAUGCGAGCAGCUUGAGUUUCUUCAAAUGCAAGUUUGCACAUCCAGCAGCUGCCACAAGUCUAGUCACUGUCGUUACAGAACUUGUGGACAGGGAUGAGGUGCGACCACAGUGGGAGAGGCUUUACAUUUUCCAGUGCAUUUCUGCAGGCGCAGAAGAAGGAAGCAAAAGCUGCGAGCCCGAGACAGUUCAGGCAAAGCGGGAGCUUGCAGAAAAGGUGAAGAACCUUUGCGAGGUGAUAGUCAGAAGACCAUCAUGUCCACUUUGGCGGCUUGAUCCUUUGCCGGCCUCGAUUUUGACCGAUGAAGACAGGCACGUCCCUGCUUUGUUGAAGGCAUCUCUGGAUGUGAAGGGAUGCGUUCGGCUCCUUCGUGGUGGCAUCCUUCCAUACCGCUUCUUCUGGACGCGCUUGACGUGGGUGGAGCGCCGCAUGAGUCGCAUGCAGAUGCUAAAUCAUGUUGAGUUGGAGGUCCGAGAUGCUUUGGAUCCCUGCUCUUAUUCGUGCAUAGUUGGCUGUGCAAAGCUGUGGCUGGCAGCCCUCCAUCCCAAAGGGUCCACCGAUGCCAAGUACUGGGUGAGAGAAGGAGGCCUCGGAGAGGCUGAAUUGAAAGAGCUAUUCCUUCAGCUGGAGAGUGCCUUGUGCGGAGCACUCACCAUGUCUGGACUCUUGCCGGGACUUCUACAGGAGUUGCGCCGAUCUUUACAAGAGACAGCAUCGGAGAGCGACUUCCUUAAGCUUUCACAAGUUUUGCGCCAUGCAGACUCUGAGGUACCCACUGCCGCUCUUCAUGCCAUCGACCCGGUUGCGACAUCAUCUCGCAAAGGCACUGAGAAGGAUCCAGCUGAAGCCUCCAAAGGCAAGGGUGCUUCCUUCAAGGGCAAAAGCAAGGAGAAGGGCAAGGCCAAAGAGGAGAGCAAGGGCAAGGGCAAGAGAAGAUGGUGA